AGGGAUGGACAGGGUUACACAUGCCCUGUAUAUCCAUAUCUGGUGCAAUGCCUCUCUCUGAAGGAGACUUCUGGACAUCCCUGAGGCUAUACCUGCAUCCGCAGGGCUCUGCAGCUGCUCCAGCCGUGUCUGGAAUUGAGAAAAUCCCACAGCCACAUUAUGCUAAUAUAUUUAAUCCCAUUGGUUGGCGAUGAGAGAUUUCCCCUCACCUUCCCUGGGCUAUGCUAAUGAGAGUUAAUCGCAUUGGCUGGCCCGCCAGCGGCAGCUCCAAAUAUCAUUUGCAUGGCUGCGUAUGGCAGGCGUCUCUUUGUUGUCAACCCAGAGCCUGCGAGCUGUGUGUGCAUCUAAUGCAGCUCUGGUCCCUGCCUGUCCGCCGCACCUGCUUCUUAGGGAAAGGCUGCGAACAGCGGCGGCUGCAAGAAAAUAACUUUCGACCCCGGGUCUCUCUUCUGCAAGGGAGGCUGGGACGGGUUCCGAUGCUGUGGAGCGUCCCCUUUCCAGCACAGGACUGGAGGCUGCUCUCUGCCUUUGUGUGUUCAACGCCGGCACUGGCUUGGGGCAACCCGUUGGGUUCCCUGCUUCCUUGUCGGAUUGUUGCUAUCUGAGCCGCGAGGGAGAGGCUUUGGCUGCCAGAGUAGGAUGGUGGAUCUGGAGAGUGAGGUGCCUCCUCUUCCUCCCAGGUAUAGGUUUCGGGAUUUGCUGCUGGGAGACCAAGGAUGGCAAAACGACGACAGGGUACAAGUUGAAUUUUAUAUGAAUGAAAAUACAUUUAAAGAGAGACUGAAGCUAUUUUUCAUCAAAAACCAAAGAUCAAGUCUCAGAAUACGAUUGUUCAAUUUUUCUCUCAAGUUAUUAAGCUGUUUGUUAUAUAUAAUUCGAGUGCUCCUGGAUGAUCCUACACAAGGACAUGGAUGCAAGGAAUUAAACAGGGGCUGUUCCAGUCAAAACUACACACCGACAAAGAUUGAUUGGUCUCCUAUUAUUUGGGUGAACAGAAGCUUGCCUUUAUGGGGAUUACAGGUUUCAGUGGCUUUGAUAAGUCUGUUUGAAACAAUGCUGCUGGGUUAUCUGAGCUACAAGGGAAACCUCUGGGAACAAGUUUUGCGAAUACCCUUCCUCCUGGAAAUAAUCAACGCUGUCCCCUUUAUCAUUACAAUUUUCUGGCCUGCACUAAGAAACAUAUUUAUUCCAGUAUUUUUAAAUUGCUGGCUUGCCAAACAUGCUUUGGAGAACAUGAUUAAUGAUCUCCAUAGAGCCAUUCAACGUACACAGUCUGCAAUGUUUAACCAAGUUCUUAUUUUAAUAUCCACAUUGCUGUGUCUUAUCUUCACCUGUAUUUGCGGAAUUCAGCAUCUGGAGCGAGCAGGAAACAAGUUGACUCUCUUUGACUCCCUUUAUUUCUGCAUAGUGACAUUUUCCACUGUGGGGUUUGGGGAUGUUACACCCAAGAUCUGGCCUUCAAAACUGCUGGUUGUCAUUAUGAUCUGUGUUGCCCUUGUGGUGUUGCCCAUACAGUUUGAACAGCUGGCUUAUUUGUGGAUGGAGAGACAGAAGUCUGGGGGUAACUACAGUCGACACAGAGCUCAGACAGAGAAACAUGUGGUACUGUGCGUCAGCUCCCUGAAGAUUGACUUGCUUAUGGAUUUCUUAAAUGAGUUCUAUGCUCAUCCCAGACUGCAGGACUAUUAUGUGGUUAUUUUGUGUCCUACUGAAAUGGAUGCUCAAGUGAGAAGGGUGUUGCAAAUUCCAAUGUGGUCUCAAAGAGUUAUCUAUCUGCAAGGCUCAGCACUGAAAGAUCAGGACCUGUUGAGAGCUAAGAUGGAUGAUGCUGAGGCCUGUUUCAUUCUGAGUAGCCGGUGCGAAGUGGACAGGCCAGCAGCGGAUCAUCAAACCAUUUUAAGAGCCUGGGCAGUUAAAGACUUUGCCCCAAAAUGUCCGUUAUAUGUUCAAAUAUUAAAACCCGAAAAUAAAUUCCACAUCAAGUUUGCAGAUCACGUUGUAUGUGAAGAGGAGUUCAAAUAUGCUAUGCUAGCUUUAAACUGUAUCUGCCCAGCUACUUCUACGCUAAUCACCCUGCUGGUUCAUACCUCUAGAGGACAAACAGCACCCUGGGAAGCUUUUAGACAUCUAACUGGAACCAAGCAGACUUUAACCAGGGAGGGUCAACAAUCACCAGAACAGUGGCAGAAAAUGUACGGCAGAUACUCUGGUAAUGAAGUGUAUCACAUUAAUCUGGAGGACAGUACGUUUUUUGCUGAAUAUGAGGGAAAGAGCUUUACAUAUGCUUCUUUCCAUGCACAUAAAAAAUUUGGAGUCUGUCUGAUUGGUGUUAGGAGGGAAGAUAACAAAAACAUUUUGCUGAAUCCAGGCCCUCGAUAUAUUAUGAGCUCUACAGACAUAUGUUUUUAUAUCAACAUCACCAAAGAAGAAAAUUCAGCUUUUAAAAAGCAAGAACAGCAUAGAAAAAAUAAUGAAUCCAAGUCAUACUAUCAUGGACCUUCUAGGUUACCCUUGCACAGUGUAAUUGCCAGUAUGGGGACCGUGGCUAUAGAUUUACAAGAUACAGGAUGUAGAUCUUCCAGUGGACCUACCCUAACCCUUCCUUCAGAGGGAAGUAAAGAUGGCAGAAGAUCUAGCAUAGCACCUGUUUUGGAGGUUGCAGAUUCCUCAUCACUUCAAACAUGUGAUCUUCUAAGUGACCAGUCAGAGGAUGAAACUACUCCAUCAGAUGAUGACAUUUCUACAGGUUUAGAGUAUGCUAAAGGUUAUCCUCCUUACUCUCCUUAUAUUGGAAGUUCUCCCACGUUUUGCCAUCUGCUGCAUGAAAAAGUGCCAUUUUGUUGUUUAAGACUGGACAAGGGGUGCCAACAUAACUACUAUGAAGAUGCCAAAGCCUAUGGCUUCAAAAAUAAAUUGAUUAUAGUUGCAGCAGAGACAGCUGGAAAUGGCUUAUACAACUUUAUUGUUCCACUCAGAGCUUAUUACAGACCAAAGAAAGAACUCAACCCUAUAGUAUUACUUCUGGAUAACCCGCCAGAUAUGCAUUUUCUGGAUGCAAUCUGUUGGUUCCCAAUGGUUUACUACAUGGUGGGCUCUAUUGACAACCUAGAUGAUUUGCUAAGAUGUGGGGUGACCUUUGCUGCCAACAUGGUGGUUGUGGACAAGGAAAGUACUAUGAGUGCUGAGGAAGACUAUAUGGCAGAUGCCAAGACUAUUGUAAAUGUACAAACUCUCUUUAGGUUGUUUUCAAGUCUAAGCAUAAUCACAGAACUAACUCACCCAGCCAAUAUGAGAUUCAUGCAGUUCAGAGCCAAAGACUGCUACUCUCUUGCGCUAUCAAAACUGGAAAAGAAAGAACGGGAGAAGGGUUCUAAUCUGGCAUUUAUGUUUCGACUGCCUUUUGCUGCUGGAAGGGUUUUCAGCAUCAGUAUGUUGGACACCCUCCUGUACCAGUCAUUUGUGAAGGAUUAUAUGAUCUCUAUCACAAGACUUCUGCUGGGACUAGAUACCACACCAGGAUCUGGGUUUCUUUGUUCUAUGAAAAUCACAGAAGAUGAUCUAUGGAUUAGGACAUAUGCCAGACUAUAUCAGAAACUUUGUUCUUCAACAGGAGAUAUUCCUAUUGGAAUCUAUAGAACUGAAUCCCAAAAGCUUACAACAUCUGAGUCACGAGAAAUAGCUUCGCAAUCUCAAAUCUCUAUUAGUGUUGAAGAAUGGGAAGACACCAAAGACACAAAAGAACAAAUAAACAACCGCAAUAACCAUCGUAACUCCACAUCCAGCGAUCAGUCAGAUCAUCCCUUGUUACGACGGAAGAGCAUGCAGUGGGCCCGACGGCUGAGCAGAAAAGUGCCAAAGCACUCCGGCAAAACAGCGGAGAAAAUAAGUCAGCAGCGGAUGAGCCUUUACAAGCGGUCUGAAAGACAGGAACUUGCUGAACUUGUGAAGAACAGAAUGAAGCACUUGGGACUUUCCACAGCAGGAUAUGAUGAAAUGAAUGAUCAUCAAAACACCGUCUCUUACAUCCUAAUCAAUCCUUCUCCAGAUACAAGACUAGAGCUGAAUGAUGUUGUUUACUUGAUCCGACCCGAUCCAUUGGCAUAUGUUCCAAAUACCGCAACCAGCCAAAAAAAUAGCUUCUGCAAUACUGUUGGGCAAGACGCCAGGGAAGAAACACAACUUUGAUAUAUUAUUCUGCUCAAUGAUAAGAGACCAUUUUUAUAUUGUGUCUAGUAACUGCUUUGAAAUCUAAUCAAAAUGGAAUGUUUAUAUUUUGUUCAGAUCUUCUUGGACCAGAGAGAAUGCUACCUGUAAGUGGGCAAGAAUUCAAGUUUGGGAAAACAUGUACUCUAAUGAAAGUGAUUGCUAUUCUGUAGCCUAUUCCAGUAAUUUUGGAAAUGGAACUGUGUCACACAUUAAUGGAGUGAUUAUGAAAAGCUAGAUUACAUUUUAACAAUCUAAUCGGAACAAAUUCCAUCAGAAUGAAUUUAAUUGCUGCUUCUAAAUGUUAUGUUUCACUAACAGAGAGUGAAUCACUAAGCCUCUGACCCGUAACUUGAAAGAAUAUCAAUGUGCAAAACAUACAACACACCUGCACAGACACUGGUACACAUACAGAGGCAUAUUUUAGUAGUAGUAAAUAUUCCUAUUAGGGUAGCUCUCAAAUGCCCCCAUCAAGAUCAUGUACGAGAAUCAAAGUCCAUUAAAUUAUUUUCAAGUUUGUCUCUUUCCCCACUUAUAUUAGAACAGACCAAUUUUAUAGGCCCAAUAUGGCCCUUUAGAAUGUAUUUGAUUAUUAGUUCUGCUGAGUUCAGACAGAGAUCAGUUUGCAGAGGGCAUACUAAGUGAACCCUACAAGGUCUAUUCUAAGGGAUUUCCAAGGGAUAAAUCCUGGCAGGUACACACGGAUGUUUUGGUUUUACAGAACCACACACACACAGAGUUCAAAAUGGAGGAAGUUCUGAAAAAGUAAUGGGUGUCAGAACCCUUCCCUAAAAACAGGAAUAGUGUUAUUCCCUCAUGAUUGUGAAGAAAAUCUUCUAGCUGAAGUACCAACUGAUAAAUGCUGCCUGUCUGCCUGGCUAUCCAGACAUAUCUGAACGAUAGCUGAGGUGCAAAUGGCCACAUUCAUCUCAAUGGGUUGUUAACUUGAAAUAUCAAGAAUUAAAUGAAGGGCAUAUCACUUUCGUAUCUGGCUAAUGAACAUCUCAGACCCUAAAUGCCUCCUAUAUCUAUGCAGAUGAAAGAGCCCCAAAUGUCCACUCUAGUAUCCAAUUGCCACCUCCUCCAGUUUCCCCUUAAGAUCCAGUUGUGAAUUUUCAAUAUAAAAUUAUGCAGCUUGAAAAUUAAAGAGCAUUUGAGACAAUGCAAUAUCUGAGGAACUCAGAUGGGACACUGGACUAAAUACAUAGUUUCAUUUCAUAUUUAAUACAAGAAAAUCCCUCAAAAUUGUAUCAGUUGACUGUAGCUGCUUCAUAAUCUCCAGUCUGCAGAGAAUGCAGGGUACUUGCCCCACAAGUUGUGUUACUAUGGAAUACACAGGGUCUUGCAUAUGGUCUUCCAACAUUGCAUGCUUGCUCCUCCACCUCUCUAAUAAAGGGAAGAUUGUGCAUGAACAAUAAACAGUCUAGGUAUUUGCAAAAGAAGUCCCACUUGUAAUAAUCCAUAUAAAAUUUACAAGAGAAUUCUUCAGACUAGCCAUAUGAUUGAGUGGCAAUGCUGAUUGUUCUUUGAACUCCUUGAUAACCCUACAUGUACAGAAGUUAUUAAAUAGUCUGCAAGAACAUUUAACUACUUGUUUACAUUAUAUUUUCUAUAUUUGGAACAGCAGCUAUAUGGUUGUAUGUGUCCUGAAAAAUAAAAAUGCCAAAAUUGCUCAAUGAGCCAUUCAUGGAUGUGAAUGUAAUUUACUGUAUGUAAUGCUGUCAACUUUAGUGUCACAUUCACCUGCUGAGUGACAGGGAGCCAGUUACUAUCCCCAUCAUUUUUCCAGCUCCUCCUUUCCACCCAAAUCUCUUCUUUUUUUACGUUCUAUGAAUUGACUUCUUGGUUAAAUAAACUCAUUAUAUUAAGUCAGCUCCUAUUAUACCACAACAUAUUUUGAGCAGCAUUCUCUUUUCUGAUAGUACUAGCUAAAUUCAGCAAAGUAUGUACAUCUUAAAACUGAAAUCCUUACUUUAUUUUCUUAAGUGUAAUAUAGCAAGAAUUUUCCUCCAGGGCAGAUUGGAAGGCCCUGGAGGUUUUUCGCCUUCCUCUGUAGCAUGGGGCACGGGUCACUUGCUGGAGGAUUCUCUGCUCCUUGAGGUCUUCAAACUACAAUUUGAGGACUUCAAAGCACAGAUAUAGGUGUGAGGUCUUUUUUAGGAGUGGUGGGUGAAAUUCUGUGGCCUGCAUUGUGCAGGAGGUCAGACUAGAUGAUCAUAAUGGUCCCUUCUGGCCUAAAUAUCUAUGAAUCUAUGAAUCUAUCUAUGAAGAUGAUCUGGGAAACAGAAUAUAAGUUCCUUUUUUUCUGCAGUUCAACAUAUCCAAAUCUCUGUUGGCUUUCCAACAAGUUUUAAUAACCCUGAUUAGAGUACAAAAUGAGUCAGUUUUUGAUUUGUUUCUUGCAUACAUAUGCCCGAAGGAUGAAUUCUAUCAGAAAAAAAUCAUUAUAAUUGAAGGGAGUAGGGGAGCUGCUUCAUACUUAAAAUUUCUUCUGUGCACAUUGCAAAUGGAAUACUUUUUACACUGCUGUUUAUAAUCAUGGAAUUGGUGCAAGUCAAAUGGUUUUCAAAAUAUUUGUUUGCUAAUCUAUGUACUUUUUCACAUGCAGUGUAUGAUAAAAGCAUUGUCUGACUCAAUAGAGGAAGUAUUUCGGAACAAAUCUCAUCUGUUAGGUGAAUAAUUGUUACAACAGCAACAGAAGAAAGAGGGGAAGGAUUUCUAAAAUCACUUAUUUUGCUCUGCCAUGUAGGAAGAAUCCUAUGCUUAGUAGCAAUAGAUGGAAUAUAACCUAUUUUAUUAAUUCAAAUUCAUAAGAUGGUUACAAUUUGAAAGACAAGAUCUGACUGUAGUUUUAAAUCCACAAACAAACAAAAGUGAACAUUUCACUUUGACAUGGAAUUAAAGGUCACACCAUGUAAUAGCUACUCUGAAGGUAACUACCAGGGAACAUUUGAAUACAGAGUAUGUAAUAAAUCGCUUAUCACACAA